GAUCCCGGACGGCCAAAGUUUAAAAGCGCCACCCCAGACUCACCUCAGCCCAGAGCUCAGCCAACCUCCUUCCGCUACACAAAGGUGCUCGAACCAUCAGCCCGCUAGGAUGUGCUAGGACGAACCACACGCCGAAGACAAGAAAUUCAACCGAAACUCGCCAUCAGCUUCAACCCAGUUCGUUCACAUCCUCAAGACAACACCAGCCAUGCACUCGUUUGUUGUGAUCCUUGCAUGGGCGGCCGUGGGCGGGGCGUGGGCGUGGAGCAGCAGCGAAGUGUCGUGCGCCUCGUGUGGCUCCGAGUGCCAAGACGCCUGUGGCACUAGGAACUUCAGAGCCUGCUGCUUCAACUUCCAGCGACGUCGAAGGGCGGAGGCGGUCCCGCGCAGCGUCCUGAGCGGCGACAGCGUGGACUCCGCGGCCCUCCAGGGAGUCCUGCGCCAGAUGAUGGACGCCCCCCACAACCCUCGGCUCCCCCAGGCCCUCCGCCCCCUCUCGCAUGCCGUGGACGUCUCCCCUGCAGACCACGGCGCCGCAGGCUUCAGAGAGACGCCCUCCUUGUCCUCCUUCAUGAGCAGCCUUCUGCAGGAGUCCAGCGAGGAAGACGGCGACGACGCGGCGGUCGUGGCGGACGGCAGGACCGAAGAGGACGACGCGGCCGCGGGUCUCGGCGACGGCCUCAGCCUCUCCCGCCUCGUCGCCGUCGGGAUGCGCCGCCCCCCGCCCCCCGGCACGCGGGCGCCCCUCGCCUCCUGCUGCGCCAGCCCCUCCGCCUCCGGUACCCUCCCUCGACCUCCAGAAAGUAGAAAAGCCACUGAUGAACAUGAUAAUCAGAGAAAACCGCCACCUCUUUCUCGACUGCCUCUCGACGUUUAGCGUUUCCAGCAUCAGCGAAGGAAAAGCACGGCCGACACGACUGGAAUUCCCCGCCCCGCCAGACGCUGUGGGGCGACACGAAGAAAACGAUACCACGGCCCCCCUAAUGCUCGUACACAUACGUACUCUUUAUAAAUUCGCAUACACGCGUCAAGGAUCCUGACAACCCGACCGCAGGAGGCCAAUUCGUCCCUCAGAAGGACCCGGCGGCGCGCCCUUCCCACCGUGUAGGCUGGCGCGGUGUCCGAAGGGCUGAGGGCGACGCUGAAGGAACCCCUGAUAUCCUACAUGGCUGCUGACAUCCUCAAUGUUAUAUCUAGUGCAUAUCGCUCUGACUGCGAUGGAGGACAAACUAAUAUAUAUUCGUUCUAAAUGUUUAUUCUGUUCUGGAAAUCAUAACGAAGGCUAAACAAAACCGCCGAAGUUGUACUGAGGUUACUAUAUAAACUGGAGAGACA